ACGACCGCCGCCACGACUCGAUGUUUCAAAAGUUCGCAGUGUCAACAGAAAUCUCGACCAGAACUGAGCUGCGUGUCCCAGUGACUCGACGUUUCAAAUCUACCCUGCGAAUAACGAAGAAGAUUUAAAAAUGAAUCGUGUCUUGUUUGGCUUAGCCGUGUUUGCGUUGGCGGCUCGAGAAGUCAACAUGCUGAAAUGCCACAUGUGCAGCUCCUUCUCUGGUGGGGACUGCAAGGAUUUUACAAAGGAUUCAUACAUACCGCUUGUGGAAUGCGACAACAGAGCGCUGACCAAAUGGCACAGUGAAAUAUCGAAGGCUCCAGUCCUCCAAAAUAUCGUUCACGUUUUCGAGAUUGAUCAGCCAGUGAACCAGAACCAGAACUUCGAGCUUGUCAAUCACGCCUGCGCCAAGAUGAAUCUGAAAGUUGCGGGCCAGCAAUACACAUUGAGGACUUGCCAGACCGCCAAGACUCCAUCCUUGGAUCCGUGUGAAGUCAUCCGUACUAAAUUGCAAAAAACUGGUGUCGGAAGUGAGAUUUCCGUCGAUUACUGUGAUCUCUGCACAGCCGAAGGUUGCAACGGGGCCUACGGUCUUUCACCCCCUAAGAUGAUCCAGUUGGUCUUUGGGUUCCUUGGCUUGAUGCUGCUCCAAGCUUAUCAGCACUGCAUCGCGUAAACAGUUAUCCUGAUUCGUUAGUAAAGUACAGCUGCGCGGACAGUGCUACCCUCGUUGACGAAUGGUGAUUAUUAUGGUAUACCAGGACCAUCGUGAAGACUCGAAAUCAAACACCAAGUCCGAGAGUAGAAGCGUCAGCGAGGCCCCAAUAAGUGCAUUGCCCAAUUUGUUCGCCAAAGCCCAUUGCAUACUGUUGGCUUUAUUAUUCAGGAAACUUUACCACGGGAUAAGAAUUUGUUUGAUAUGAUAUAAGGUGUUACAUUGAUAUAUUAUACAAACUGUACGCGUACCUCAAUUAUACAUAUAUAUACACACACAACACAUACAUAUAUAUCUAUACUAUAUGUAUAUAUAUUAUAUUAUUACAUUAAUUAUUGCAUACACAGAUUCAUGUAUUGUAUAAGAGUGUAAUAAACGAAAACAGUAAAAAAAAAAAU